CGGCCAUGGAGGUUGAAGUGUGCGAGUCUGAGGGCGUCUGUGACGUUUUGUGCAACGUGCCGCCUGAUGAUCCUGAGCAGGAGGAAUCCAUGGAGACGCACGAGCCGAGUGAAGAAGCUGCUGCAGCUCCGAGCUCACAAACAAACGCAGCUCCUCCAAAACCACAAUACUCCUACAGGGUUCCUUCAACUGUGUGCUUCGGUCACGGUUCAGUCCGAGGCUUCAGAGGACGACAAACCAGAAGGAAAUGAAACAAUUGUUUACUGGGUUUAUA